AUGGGAAACUCUUACGCCGGACAGCUGAAGACGACGCGCUUCGAAGAGGUCCUGCACAACUCCAUUGAGGCAUCCCUGCGGUCUAGCAGCCUGGUGCCCCGGCCGGUCUUCUCCCAGCUCUAUCUGGAAACAGAGCCACAGCUCUCUGCCCUGGAAGGUGGUAGCCGAGUAGACAAUGAGGACGAGGAAGAAGAGGGGGAAGGGGGACUGGAGCCCAACUGUCCCCCAAAUCCCUACCAGAUGCACCCUCCGCCCGAAGGCUGCUGUACCAUGGACGGGUUCUGCCAGGCGGGAAAGGACCUGCGUCUCGUCUCCAUUUCCAGUGAGCCCAUCGACGUCCCUGCAGGCUUUCUCCUCGUGGGGGCCAAGGCCCCCAGCCUGCCGGACCAUCUUCUGGUGUGUGCCGUUGACAAAAGGUUCUUGCCCGAUGAUAAUGGGCACAACGCUCUUCUUGGUUUCUCUGGGAAUUGUGUUGGCUGUGGAAAGAAAGGCUUCUGUUACUUCACAGAAUUCUCUAAUCACAUAAAUCUUAAGUUGACCACUCAGCCCAAGAAGCAGAAACACUUGAAGUAUUACUUGGUCCGCAACGCACAAGGGACUCUCACCAAAGGACCUCUCAUUUGCUGGAAAGGCUCAGAGUUCAGAAGCCGCCAGACCUUGGCUGGGACAUGCUCGAGUUCCCUCUUCCCACCCGCGGAGAGCUCCGGGCCUCUGGCUGCCUUCUCCAGCGAGCCCGUUCCUGGAAUGACGCCAAGCAUCCCGAUGGGAGCCCAGCAGGCGGGACCAGUCUCUGAGCACCCCUCGCUAACGGCAGCCGUGGGUCCAGCCGUUCUCAAUGGCAGAGAUUCCCCAAAGCACCAACAGCUGGUGAAGAACGACCUGUCGGCCAUGCCGCGGCCCUCGGCGCUAGGUAUCUUAUCAAACUCCGGGCCCCCCAAAAAACGCCACAAAGGGUGGUCUCCAGAAUCUCCAUCAGCUGCAGAUGGUGGCUACUCCCAGGGUGGUGGGAACAGAGCUAAGUAUGAGAGCGCAAGCAUGUCCUGCGUGCCCCAGGUUGGCUUGGUGGGACCAUCUUCGGUCACAUUUCCUGUCGUGGCCUCCGGAGAACCGGUGUCCGUUCCUGACAACUUGCUGAAAAUAUGCAAGGCCAAGCCGGUGAUAUUUAAAGGCCACGGGAACUUCCCUUACCUAUGCGGGAACCUGAACGAUGUGGUCGUGAGCCCCCUCCUGUACGCGUGUUACCAGAACUCACAGUCCAUCUCUCGGGCGUAUGAGCAAUAUGGGGCCUCCACCAUACAGCCUAUCUCAGAGGAGACACAGCUCCUGCUCACCGUCUACUAUCUCGUCCAGCUGGCAGCCGACCAGGUGCCCCUGAUGGAGGACCUGGAGCAGAUCUUCCUGCGCUCGUGGCGCGAGUCGCACCUGACGGAGAUCCGGCAGUACCAGCAGGCGCAGCCGCCGCGCUGCCCGCCCGCACCCGGCACCGCGGCCCCGGUCACCUCGGCGCAGCUGCCCUGGCUGGCCGGCCUGGCCGCUAGCUCCGGCAACGACAGCGUGCACAUCAUCGAGUGCACCUACUCCCUGGCCGAGGGCCUCUCGGAGAUGUUCCGGCUGCUGAUCGAGGGCAAGCUCGCCAAGACCAACUACGUGGUGAUCGUCCGCGCCUGCCGCAGCCCCGCCAUCGACUCCUGCGUCGCGGUCACCGGAAAAUACCAAGCCCGAAUUCUUUCCGAGAGCCUUCUCACCCCAGCGGAGUACCAGAAAGAAGUCAAUUAUGAGCUGGUUACGGGGAAAGUGGACUCCUUGGGGGCCUUCUUUAGCACCCUCUGUCCGGAGGGUGAUAUUGACAUUUUGCUGGACAAAUUUCAUCAGGAAAAUCAAGGCCAUAUUCCGUCCUCACUUACUGCCUCCUCUGUCACCAAAUCAGCAUCCCUGGAUGUCGGCGGAGCUCCGGCAUGCACAAGUUACAGUCUGGAGCCCCACCACAUCCGGCCCUUCCAGCUGGCCGUGGCUCAGAAGCUCCUCUCCCACGUGUGUUCAAUUGCGGAUUCCAGCACUCAAAAUUUGGACUUAGGAUCCUUUGAGAAGGUGGACUUUCUGAUUUGUAUUCCCCCCUCCGAAGUGACCUAUCAGCAGACCCUGUUCCGUGUCUGGCAUUCAGGGGUUUUACUGGAGCUUGGCUUGGAAAAGGAGCGCAUGACUAAGCAGAGGGUCGAACAGUAUGUUUUGAAGCUUGACGCCGAAGCGCAGACGAAAUUUAAGUCCUUCCUGCAAAACUCCUUUCAGAACCCACAUACGCUCUUUGUCCUAAUCCAUGACCAUGCCCACUGGGAUCUCGUGAGUAGCACUGUUCAUAAUCUCUAUUCCCAAAGUGACCCGGCCGUGGGAUUGGUGGACAGAUUGCUCAAUUGCAGGGAGGUGAAGGAGGCCCCCAACAUCGUGACGCUCCACGUGACUUCCUUCCCUUAUGCGCUGCAGACACAGCAUACCCUCAUCAGCCCUUACAACGAGAUCCACUGGCCUGCAUCCUACAGUAAUGGGGUGGACUUAUAUCCUGAGAAUAAGAAGUACUUCGGGUUGUCAGAGUUCAUUGAGUCCACCCUUUCGGGACACAGCCUCCCUUUGCUCAGAUACGACAGUUCCUUUGAGGCCAUGGUCACGGCAUUAGGAAAAAGGUUCCCCCGCCUGCACAGCGCGGUGAUCAGGACCUUUGUUCUCGUGCAGCACUACGCGGCCGCCAUGAUGGCUGUGAGCGGCCUCUCGCAGAUGAAGGACUACACGUCGGUGGAGACGCUGGAGAUCACCCAGAACCUCAUCAACUCCCCCAAACAGUGCCCCUGCGGCCACGGGCUCAUGGUCCUGCUGCGGGUGCCCUGCUCGCCGCUCGCGGCCGUGGCCUACGAGCGGCUAGCCCACGUGCGGGCGCGCCUGGCCCUGGAGGAGCACUUCGAGAUCAUCCUGGGCAACCCCAGCUCUGGCAUCACUGUCGGGAAGCACUUCGUGAAGCAGCUCAAGAUGUGGCAGAAAAUUGAGGACGCGGAGUGGAGGCCUCAGACCUACCUGGAGUUGGAGGGCCUGCCAUGCAUCCUGAUCUUCAGUGGGAUGGAUCCUCACGGGGAGUCCUUACCGAGGUCUCUGAGGUACUGCGACCUGCGUCUGAUAAACUCCUCCUGCUUGGUGAGAACAGCCCUGGAACAGGAGCUGGGCCUGGCUGCUUACUUCGUGAGCAGUGAGGUUCCUUUGGAGAAGGGGGCCCGGCACGAGCCCUUAGAGAGCGACGCAGAAAAGCUGAGCAGCACAGACAAUGAGGAUGAGGAGCUGGUGACGGAAGGUGAGGGGUGGCAGCAUGUGUGUCUUGAAACAGGCUCCACUUCGGAGAAGAGGAGCCCGGUGAAGAGGGAGAGGUCCUGCUCCCACGAUUCGGUGUCUUCGUCCCUCUCCUCUAAAGCAUCUAGCUCGGCACUGUGCGGCGAGUCCUCGGCUCAGCCCGGGCCACCGUCGCAGGGGGAGCGGGCCAGGUCGCCACAGCCCUGCGGCCCCUCGGAGGAGGGCAGGGCCCCCGGGGAGAGACAGAGGCCCCAAGCGAGUCGGGGGCCACCGUCGGUCAUCAGCAGGCACAGCCCUGGGCUGGCCCCCCAGCCGGACUCCGGCCUGAGAGCCAGCCAGAGGAGCGUCCAGGUGUCGGUCACCCCGUCGUCCUCCCAGCUCUCCUCCUCGGGCUCCCCCUCCUCGUCCAUGACCCCUGCGGCUGGCACGCUCGUCCUGCAGGCCUCGCAGUGCUCCAUGACCAAGGCCUGCCGGCAGCCCCCCAUCAUCUUCCUGCCCAAGCUGGUGUAUGACAUGGUCACGGCCACCGACAGCAGUGGCCUGCCCAAGGCCGCCUCGCUCCUGCCCUCCCACUCGGUCGUGUGGGCCAGCUCCUUCCGCCCCCUGCUCAGCAAGACGAUGACGUCCACGGAGCAGUCCCUCUACUACCGGCAGUGGACGGUGCCCCGGCCCAGCCACAUGGACUACGGCAACCGCGCCGAGGGCCGUGUGGACAGCUUCCACCCGCGCAGGCUCCUGCUCAGCGGGCCCCCCCAGAUUGGGAAGACAGGUGCCUACCUGCAGUUCCUCAGUAUUUUGUCCAGAAUGCUCAUCCGGCUGACAGAAGUGGAUGUUUAUGAUGAAGAGGAGAUCAAUAUCAAUCUCAGAGAGGAAUCAGAUUGGCAUUACCUCCAGCUCAGUGACCCCUGGCCAGACCUGGAGCUGUUCAAGAAGUUGCCUUUCGACUACAUUAUUCAUGACCCGAAGUAUGAAGACGCCAGUCUGAUUUGCUCCCACCUUCAGAGCGUAAAGAGCGAAGACAGGGCCAUGUCCCGGAAGCCCGAGGAGCUCUACGUGCGGCGUCAGACGGCGCGGAUGAGGCUGUCCAAGUACGCGGCGUACAACACAUACCACCACUGUGAGCAGUGCUACCAGUACAUGGGCUUCCACCCCCGCUACCAGCUCUAUGAGUCCACCCUGCACGCCUUUGCCUUCUCUUACUCCAUGCUAGGAGAGGAAAUCCAACUCCACUUCAUCAUCCCCAAGUCCAAGGAGCACCACUUUGUCUUCAGCCAACCCGGAGGCCAGCUGGAGAGCAUGCGGCUGCCCCUUGUCACAGACAAGAGUCACGAAUGUAUAAAAAGUCCGACAUUCACUCCGACCACUGGCCGUCAUGAACAUGGACUCUUUAAUCUGUACCACGCAAUGGAUGGUGCCAGCCAUUUGCAUGUGCUGGUUGUCAAGGAGUAUGAAAUGGCUAUUUAUAAGAAAUACUGGCCCAACCACAUCAUGCUGGUGCUCCCCAGUAUCUUCAACAGUGCUGGAGUUGGUGCCGCCCAUUUCCUGAUCAAGGAGCUGUCUUACCACAACCUGGAGCUGGAGCGGAACCGGCAGGAGGAGCUUGGGAUCAAGCCACAGGACAUCUGGCCUUUCAUUGUGAUCUCCGACGACUCCUGCGUGAUGUGGAACGUGGUGGACGUCGACUGUGGCGGGGAGAGAAGCAGGGAAUUUUCCUGGUCAGAAAGAAACGUGUCUUUGAAGCACAUCAUGCAACAUAUCGAGGCGUCCCCCAACAUCACCCACUACGCCCUGAUUGGCAUGCGGAAGUGGUCCAGCAAGACGGGGAGCGGUGAGGUGCGUGAGCCUUUCUCCCGCUGCCACGUGCAUGACUUCAUCAUCCUGAACGUGGACCUGACCCAGAAUGUGCAGUACAACCAGAAUCGGUUCAUGUGUGACGAUGUGGACUUCAACCUGCGCGUGCACAGCGCUGGCCUCCUGCUCUGCCGAUUCAACCGCUUCAGUGUGAUGAAGAAGCAGAUUGCCGUGGGUGGGCAUAGGUCCUUCCACAUCACGUCCAAGGUGUCUGACAACGCCGUGCCCAUUGUGCCGGCCCAGUACAUCUGCGCCCCGGACAGCAAGCACACGUUCCUCGCGGCCCCCGCGCAGCUGCUGCUGGAGAAGUUUCUGCAGCACCACAGCCACCGCUUCUUCCCGCUCUCCCUGAAGAACCACAGCCACCCUGUGCUCUCGGUGGACUGCUACCUUAACCUGGGAUCUCAGAUUUCUGUGUGCUAUGUGAGCUCCAGGCCCCACUCUCGAAACAUCAGCUGCUCUGACUUCAUGUUUAGUGGACUCCUGCUAUACCUCUGUGAUUCUUUUGUGGGAGCUAGCUUUUUGAAAAAGUUUCAUUUUCUGAAAGGUGCCACCCUGUGCGUCAUCUGUCAGGACCGGAACUCCCUGCGACAGACAGUGGUCCGCCUCGAGCUGGAAGACGAGUGGCAGUUCCGGCUGAGGGACGAAUUCCAGACCGCCAACGCCAAGGAAGACCGGCCGCUCUUCUUUCUGACGGGGCGGCACAUCUGA